GAGAGAGAGAGAGAAAGAGAGAGGGAGCAAACAAACCAACGACAUUUUCUCUCUAGCUUUGAGUGGAAGAGAAGAUGCUCUCGUGAUCUUCACUCUCGUAGCCUAUGCGUUCUCUUCUUGCGAAGGUGACUUUGCCUCUGCGCGCAAACUUCCCGACUUCCGUCAGCAUCCAUCCUUCUAAACUAUGGAUAUGCAUUACACUAACGAAACGGACCGGAGAAGCUAAGCCUGCAACUAGUUGUUCGUGUCGAAAACACUGUAAAAUAGACUGAUAAAUACCGAAACUGAUCAUAUCGAAACUUUUUGUGAUUUUUUUUGUGUGUGCGCUCCCUGCCUGCUGUUGCUGCUGUGUGUAUGUUAACCCAAGGAGGCUCGUAGUGUCAGGGUGGUCCGCAACGGAAGGUGUGCUGCGAUGAAGGUACUCGGUUGGACCAUUGUGAUCCUCUCCCAGUGGAUUUUACGAAAGGUGCAGGGACUGGAGAAGCAGGUGGCCAAGGGCUACCCUGGACUAGACCUGGGUCCAGCAGGCUCAGUGAUGAAGACCCUACCUUAUGGCAUGGGAGAGGGAGCCGUCGCCACCGGCGGAGGGGCCACAGGGGGAGUCAAACCCCCAUACCAAACCACCUCCCGCAUCUUCUCCACCGGCAUGGACGGGGUCGGCAACCCGCCCAUGAAGCCUCCUCUGAAAACCCCCACCUACAGCUUCUUUAACCCCUACGACUGGGCUCGUAAUCAGUCGCUCCUACUCGACCAGACAGGCUACCGCAACAAACGCAAACCCUCACUUAAGACGGCCCAGAAGACCAAGAAGAUCUUCGGCUGGGGGGAUUUCUACUUCAACGUGAAGACCAUGAAGUUCAGCCUCUUGGUCACGGGGAAAAUCGUGGACCACAUCAACGGCACGUUCACCGUCUACUUCCGCCACAACUCGUCCAGUCUCGGUAACGUCUCUGUCAGUAUUGUCCCUCCCACCAAGGUGGUGGAGUUUGAGGUGUUGCAGCACCACCAACCAGGCCUCCACGCUCAGCUCCACCCAGAGCUCACCCAGAUCACCCAACAACAGACCCCGCACCAGUCCACCAUCGACCCCAAAGAGAUAAAGACCUUCAACUGCCGGGUGGAGUACGAGAAGACCAACCGUUCCAAGAAGCCCAAGCCCUGCCUCUACGACCCCUCCCAGACCUGCUUCUCAGAGCACACUCAGUCCCAUGCCGCCUGGCUCUGCGCCAAACCAUUUAAAGUCAUCUGCAUCUUCAUCUCCUUCUUCAGUAUCGAUUAUAAGCUCGUGCAGAAAGUGUGUCCAGACUACAACUUCCAGAGUGAUCAUCCUUACCUUGGAUAAGAGAGGAGGGAUGAGGAGAGGAGAGGGGAGGGGAGAAUCUUAAGCGCGUUUGAGGGGAUCAGUUUGAGAAAGGCUCCAGAUGCAGAAUCGCUAAUAUUGAUCAGAGAAUGUGUAGUUAUUUGGGAUGCAAGGUGAUUUGUAGAUCCGGUGAUCCGGUGAAGUCUGACUCCAAUGUAUUGUAGUCGAUCUCAAACACUCACAAUGACAGGACUGAUGACCACAGGGAUGGUAUUUUUCUGCUCUCUCUCCAACCUCCUGUUGGAUUGUGGAUAUUAUAAAUGAGAAGUACGGCUAGUCGGCGUCAUGGAUGAAAUACAUUAUAUGGCGGAUUUUUCAAAAAUGACCUAAAAACCCUUGUGUUAGUUAACUUUAAUUUCUAUGUAAAUAAUGUUUUAAAAAAUCUAUACAGCUCUGCUCUUUAGACAUUGGUUAUCAAUUUUAAAUAAUUUCUGUCUGUUCGAUUUAAACUUUCAAAACAAGCUAGGAAGUAUGGACGUUUGAUUAUGACGAUGUCAUAUUCUAUCUGAUGAUCUGAAUGUGUCAUGCUGUCCCUAUUAUACUAUCAUGCAGUCCAGAGUCUUGGAACCCGGAACCAAAUCGUGCGUGUGCAACAGUCUGCCGCAAGAGACUAGACCUUGUAUGGAUUUAUAGGUUCUAGAAGACUGUUAUGUUUUCAUUCAAACUUUUCAAAUCCUGGAUUCAAGAGAAUAUAUAGUCCUGGAGUUAUAUGUAUGAGAAACGAUAUGCUGGAUAUGCAUACAAUAUAUGAGCAAAGCACAUUAAAAUGAUCUGUUUCAAAGUCAUUGAAUAAUGGUCAACGUACUGGGAUUUAUUUUCACAUUAUAUUAUAUUUUACGUUCACUGAACACAUUUAUUAGGCAUUGUAUGAGUCAAGAGCAUUGUACGAGGCAUUAUCUAAAAAAUAAAGGAAUCUUAAAUUAAUCUUCA